CUUAACCUGGACGUGAGGCAUUGUUAUUUAAGAAUGGAAGAGGAUACAGAUUUUAGAAUCCGGUUUAGUUCUUUGUGUUUUAUUACUGAUCAUGUUGGAUUUCAUGGCACUAUUAAAAGCUCACCAAGUGAUUUUGUUGUUAUAGAGAUUGAUGAACAGGGACAGUUAGUUAAUAAGGCAUCCAAUGAACAGAUUAGUAAAGUACUACCUGAGCCAAAUAACUUUGCCAAAAAGACAAAACUUGAUCUUCAGAAUUUAUCCUUUGAAGAGGGAAGUAACCAAGAAGUUAAUAUUUUUGUUGGGCGCUCUGGUGAUGACCAGAAUCACCAGUCUGGUUCAGAAAAGGAAGAUCGUAUCAGUGAUGGAAGUUCCAAAGGCAAAGAAGAAAAAGUUGAUGUUUUAGGCACCUUGUUAGAUGAAAAAACUAAUGAACUACUGAAUCACUUUGCCUGUGAUAUAAAAGAGAAGUUGAAUUCUAAAACUGAGCUAAUUGGAUCAUCUCCUGAAUUUUCAUUAGUCAGAAUCCUUGACAAAAACCAGAGGGCUAUUCUGCACAGCGCUGUUAGGCAGAAAUUUCCUUUUUUAAUAACUGUAGGUAAAAACAGUGAGAUUGUUGUAAAACCAAAUCUUGAGUAUAAGGAACUCUGUCACUUGGUAUCUGAAGAAGAAGCAAUUAACUUUUUUAAGUAUUUGGAUGCAAAAAAAGAAAAUUCCAAAUUUACCUUUAAACCAGAUACAAACAAAGACCACAGAAAAGCUGUCCACCAUUUUGUCAACAAAAAGUUUGGAAACCUUGUGGAAACCAAAUCUUUCCCUGAACUCAAUUACAGUGCUGACAAUCCAAAUGUAGCAAUAACAGUAAGAUUUCGGGAAAAAACACACAAGCACAGGAAGAGGUCUCUUUUUGAGUGCCAGGAUCGAAAAGAUAUAUACACAG